UCGGCUCGCAGGACGCCCGCGGCCGGAUGCCCGGCGUCCGCACCUUUCUCGGCCUCUUGGCCUCCCUGGCGGUCUGCGGCGUCGUCGCCUUCCUCGGCUACUGUGUGUAUUUCGACCGGAAGCGGCGCGGGGACCCGGGGUUCAGGCGCCGCCUGCGGGACAAAAGAAGAGCCAAACGGCCAAAGGCUAAGGAACAGGGUGCCCAGUUGUGGGAUCCAGCAAAUGAAAAACUGCGAGAAUUUUUCCUGCAAGAGGUACGGAUGGGAGAACUUUGGUUAUCUAGAGGAGCACAUCGAAUGGGUGUUGACCACUUUAGCAAUGCCCUUUUAGUGUGUACACAACCACAGGAACUUCUCAAAGUUUUCAAACACACACUCCCUCCCAAGGUAUUUGAGAUGGUCUUGCAUCAAGUUCCUCUUAUUUGCCAGCAAUUUGAGGCAGACAUGAAUGAACAGGAAUACUUGGAGGAUGAUCCUGAUUGAAAAACAUUUCAACGUACCCACAGUCCAGUCAGAAUAUUAUGGUAUUAUAUAGUAUAAACAACUGCUCAGUGAUACUUCCAUUUAUUUUAUGUUUAGUAAUAAAAAUUAUUUUCUAUCUCAU